AUGGCCAAGACACUGAUCGGCGCUCUCGCUCUGGCGUCGCUACCCUCGGCGCUCGCCUUCAGCAACACAUCGCCCUUCUUCCUGUUCUCUACCGCUGACUUGCUACUGGAGUCCUCUGGCGCAUCGAUUGCCCAGUCGACCAGCAUCACCGCUGAUGUGCUGGAAGCCCUGAAGGAAUGCCCGACGAACAACUACGUCGUUGUUGAGCAAGAGGGUGUCUCCGCUGCCGACUACGCAGACGGACGCUCGACGCCACGGUUGAGGCAGUACAUGGCUGGCCAGCACGAACAAGUCAAGUCGACCGUUUCCGUCCCAGACGUCGUUGGAAAGGUUGAUGUGGCCGAGAUCACCAAGUACCUCGAGACAAAGUGCGGCUCUGUCAAGACUGUACAACUCGACACACCGCCAGUGUCCAAGGCGCUAAGGGAGCUGUAUAUGGGACAACAAGACCAAUUCCUUGAAGACAGCUUCUCCAAGUACGCCGAGUCGCAAGACUAUACCGUCAUCUACAUCACCACCCCUCCCACCGAGUCACAAGCCAAGGCCCAGCUCGAGGCCGAGCAGCACACCUACGAGAUGGAGAACUCCUUUGGCGAUGCCGUGCAGAUGGAGCUGAAGCGUGACACCUCUGCGCACUACAAGCGUGCAAACUCGACCAGCAACGAGGGUGGUCUCUUCGAGAGGUACCAGUACUUCACACCUGGCCUGUUUAUGGGCUUCGCUGCUAUUAUCCCGCUGUUCUUGAUUCUGCUUGUUGGCAUCCGAGCCCUGACUAGCCUGGAGGUGUCGUACUUUGCUUUUAGCAAGGAGAUGGGUCCAAACGCGCAGAAGAAGCAGCAGCAGCAGCAGUAA